CACUUUCGCAGCUAGUAACGGAUCCUAGCAAUCAAUAUGGCGACCGUCAGCGCCGAUCCAGCCUGCUGUUUGACCGACUCGAGGUCGAAAGUCAGCCCUCCCAGCGACGAACCUGCCACCACGCCUCUGUCCGAUUCCGACGUCAAUACGAUCGUCGAACGGAAACUUCGCACGAAGAACUUUCGCGUUUUACGCUGGAGUUUGGAUAGCUUAGGGGAGACGAAUGGCUUCCUGGGCUCGUAUUACACUCUGUCGGUGACGGUGAGAACUGACGACAAAUCAAAGGACUUCAAGUUCUUCGUAAAAACACCGCCGCCGAGUUACAGUCCCCAAUACGAGUUCCUGGUGCGCAGCAAUACAUUCAACAAGGAGAUCAUCAUCUACGACGAGAUGAUCCCUAAAUUGGGCACUGGAAUCGGUCCGAAAUGGGUGCCAGAAUUCUUUCUAGGUAGGAAUAACGAAGUGAUGGUCAUGGAGGAUGUGACACAGGAGGGUUAUGUCAAUCCCGACAAAUACGUGCCGUUCGAUGACGAUCACUGCAUGUGGCUGACACGGGCGAUGUCGGCACUCCACUCGAGAUCCCUGAUUUUCGACGAGAAGCUCCGUCGUAGCACAGGGAAAACCAUCAUGGACCUCUACGGUAAACUAUUCGAAGAGUCGGCAUUCAUCGAGACGGAAAUCAGAGCUCGGACGUACCUUUACGCGUGCAACUUGGGUGCCAAAGCGCUGGUAGACCUCGUCGAGGGUUUCACCGACGAGGAGAAAACGACGGUGAAGAAUCGGUUGGACAGGUGGAUCGUGAAGAUACCCAAGCUUAUGGAGCAUCCUAGCAAGUACAGACACGUAUUGGUCCAUCGGGACGUGUGGGCCAACAAUAUCAUGAUCAAGAGGGACUCGAAGGGCAAGGCGAUCGGUUGUCAUCUGGUAGACUUUCAAUUCAUGAGAUACAGCCCACCAGCGGUGGACUUUGUCUACAGCCUCUACUUGACGACCAAUCGCGCUACCAGGCGUCGUUGCUACGACUCUCUGAUCGAACUUUACUUAGACACGAUGCGAAAAGAGCUGGCUGCCGAAGGCUUAGACAUCGAUGAGUGCUUUCCUCGCAGUCAAUUCAUCGAAAGCUGCAAGGAAGUCACCCCCUCGGCGAUAGUCUACACAGUUGCCAACCUGCAGAUCAUGCUGCUCUCCAAGGAAGCGGUAGACAGAUACUUCGUGGGUAAAAGUGACGAGCUGGAGGAUGUCAUGUAUGGCGACAAGCGGCCAGAGCUGGUUCUCAGCCAUUGCCACAUGGAUACUUAUCGUACACGUGUACUCGAAGUAAUAGAGGAAGUCAAAGAUCACUUGCCAGACUAUCCAAAUUGUUAGCCGGUUCGAUGGAACAGGGCUGCAGAGUAGACUCGCCGGUGUCCUCGUUUGUACUUGCUUUACGAGAUCUGUGAUAGAGGCUUCUGGAACACGGCCAGCAGGAGGUAGCUUCCUCGUUUCUGGAUCCGCUGUUCGAGAUUGUCGCGAGGUCUUCGAGAACGUGCCAGGAACCAAGGUCGAUCGAGAGACGUGACAAAAGUGAUCUGCUCCUGGGUAGAUGUGUUUUGAAUGCGAGUGGAAAUUAAUAGGGCACGUCGUUCGAUCCUGGAAAGGCUGAGGACGAGGAAGAACUCCUCGAAACUAUGAUAUCUAUGGAUAUUCGUCUUUCAUAGAGAAGUGUUUAAUGUUAAUUUUUUUAGUGAAUUUUACUUUAGUAUCACCUUUGUAAUAACAUAGAAUAAAUUCUGUGAAGUAUAGUAAGAAAUUGAA